AUGGCCCCAAAAACUAAAGCCGCCGCUCAACAACCCUCCUUGAUAACCGCUGUCUCGCAGCAGUCUCGCUUUCACACCGAAACACUCGACACUAGUCUUGAGAUCGACCUCAAAGGCGUCACCAUCUCCAUCGGCGAGCGUGAGCUCAUCGCCUCAAGCCACUUGCGCUUUAAGAACGGCGUAAGGUAUGGCCUGGUGGGGAGAAAUGGCUCUGGAAAGUCGACGCUGUUGACUGCGAUUGCGGAGCGGUUGAUUCCUGGGCUGAACCCUUCCAUUCGAAUUCUCUUGUUAUCCCAGGUCGAAGACAGCGCCCGCGCGACGGAACAAAUAAGUGGAGAGGCUGUCAAUGUGCUCGAGCACGUCGUCAAAGGCGACAAAGAAAGACAGACUGCGAUGAUGCAGUUCGAAGUCCUCACGAAAGCUGUGGAGACGACGUCGAUUCGUGAAACUCAGCGGAUUGUCUACCAACUGCGUGUUGAAAAGCGCCAGCUCGAACUCCAAGAAGCGCGCAAAGUCGCCAGUCGACGUAGUGGUGCCCGUGGAAAGGUUGCACGACAGGAAGAGAUCACAGCAGAGGAGAAUCUUAAAAAGGCUGAGGAACUGCUUGCACAUAUCGACGAGGCUGAAAUCGAAUCCGAUAUCGUAAAUCAAGCAUUGGAAAUGUUACAGCAAGUGCAAUUGACCUUGGAUUUGCUGGAGACAGAGUCUACUGAAGCACGGGCCGCAAUGAUACUGGCUGGGCUAGGAUUCUCCCAAGAGAUGAUGCAAGGCCCUUAUACAUCACUUUCCGGAGGUUGGAGGUCCCGCUGCUCACUUGCAACUUCUCUCCUAGUUCAGAGCGACGUUCUUUUACUGGAUGAACCGUCCAAUUUCUUGGAUCUCGAGGCUAUCAUCUGGCUUGAAGGCUUCUUAAGCUCCCAAUCGCGCACGCUCGUUCUCAUAUCGCACGACCAAGCGUUUCUCAACAACGUCGUUGAGGAGACAAUUAUUUUGCGAAAUAAUAAAUUGGAGUACUUCGAGGGUACCCCGGCCGCCUUUGAGGUUGCUGAGAGGAAGAAAGCGAAACAUCUUACGGGGAUGCAAGAGGCCCAAGAUCGAAAGCGAGAACAUAUCGAGAAAUCCAUACAACAGGGAAUAUCCAGCGCAAAGAAAACGGGCGAUGAAAAUCGUCAGAAGAUGGUCAAAUCUCGACAGAAAAAACUGGACGAACGUUGGGGCAUGGAACGAAGCGCCAAAGGAACGAGGUUCAAGCUUCAGCGCGACAUGGCCGAGGUCGGAUAUAGUCUGACGAAUCGACUGGAGAUCGAAAAGCCGACAUACGAGCCGCCGGUCAAAAUCAAGAUAGAAAAUCCGGAGAAGCUCAGGACAAUUGGCGAUCUAUUGCAUUUCGAUGCUGUCGAGUUUCAAUUCCCAAGAGCGAAGAAACCGUUUCUGGAGGGUAUAACAUUCACCGUGAAUCAAGGCGGACGAUGUGCUUUUGUUGGUGCCAAUGGACAAGGCAAAUCGACGAUCGCGAAACUCAUCAUGGGAAAGCUCCAACCAACGAAGGGAACCAUUACGCGUCACCCUCUGCUCAAAAUUGGAUACUUCUCGCAGCAUUCAGUAGAAGAGCUCUCAACACCACAAACCUUUAAUAGCCUGGGACCAGUAACAGCGUUGUCAUAUUUCAUGCGGCAUUUCGAGGACAAGGGCGAAAAGGUUAUUGAGCAAGAUGCGCGAAGAUGCUUAGGCUCUUUUGGCUUGCAAGGCAAGGUCGCGAGUGAUACGCCAUUGGUGCAGCUUUCGGGUGGACAAAAGGUUCGUUUGGCGCUGGCGUUGAUCGUUUUCAUUCCACCUCCGCUAUUGCUUCUUGACGAGGUCACGACACACGUCGACUUCCCAACCAUUCGGGCACUGGCGCAAGCAUUGAAGGUGUUCACUGGAGCCAUCAUCAUUAUCACACACGACCGAUGGUUCAGUCGUGUCAUCAUUGAGCGAGAAUCGCUGCGGCAUGCAGAACCGGAGGAUAGUGAAGGCGAAGAUGAUCCGAGCUCAAGUGAAGAGGAGGACGACGUUUCAGUAAAACAGUCGUUUCCGGGGAAAACGUAUCGCGUGGGCGGCGGAAAGCUGAAAGAAAUGGAAAGGGGGAUGGCGCAGUAUGUGGCCCUCGUUGAGCGGAAGUUGGCCAGACAGAAGAACAUGAAGACCUAG